UAGCGCGCGCGCCUCGUUACGCUCUUCUCGCGCUCGCGGGGUUGAAACGCUCAGUUGGAUCGCGACACCCUCCAUCGAAGGGUCGAGCGCGAAUAGGGUUUGUUUCCUGCCGCUCGCUUCUCUUGGCAGUUGAAGUCGCGAAUAUCCGACCGAUGCGUGUCGUAAGGUGCUCAGACGUGAUUUUGGUCAGUGAUUGGUGAACGUCGGCAACGAGAAUCUAAUGGUACAAUAUAGGAACAAGUCUCGAACAUGAACUUCAUUAAAAUUGAAAAGACAUUCUCCUCCAGAAACUAAAAACGAUAUUAAACGAAGUGCAUAGAUCGAUAUGUCGACGACUGAUCGCAGGCGUGAAGAGUUGCUGUAAAGUGGCGAGCGGGAGUUCUAACGGCACGUGUGUGCGUUUCCACGACUGGUGGGACCAACCAAGGUCGUAGUGGCUGGUGGCGGUCGGAGCAAGGUCGUCAGGAUCGCGGAAUUCGGAGGAGAAUGUGGAGGAAGGACGCGACGCUGGCCAGGCUGACCGUCAUCGCCACGCUAAUUUCCCUGACCGUUGAUGGGACCGCCGCCGGAAGCUGCAGCUCCGCGAAGCUUUGCUGUCAAGGCAGGGAUUCCGGCUGCGUCAUACAGAAAGAGUCGCCGAACGCGAUUAUCGAAAGCCCGCGCGAUAAGCCGUGCUACUGCGACCACGCUUGUCUCAAGCUCGCCGACUGCUGCGACGACUUCAAGGAGACUUGCGGUGUGGUAGACUGUGCAGUGAGCGAAUGGAGUCCAUGGAGUCCGUGCGAUAACGGAUGCGGAAGUGGCACUCAAAGGCGCAGCCGGCUGAUCGAGAUCUCAGAGAAGAACGGCGGAAAGCACUGUCCCCGCCUGGACCAGGUCAGGACGUGCCGCAGUUUCCAGACAUGUCACGCCGGAAUUCGUUCGCAGCCGCACGCUAAGAGUGUGACGCUUCUUGCACUUUUUCCGGGCGAUGGCAACACUACGGACGUAAGGAUCAAGGAUAGGAUCAUCGAUAAAAGCGGCAGCUGCGUUGCUUUCACCAUUGUGCGCGUCUCGCGGGGUUGCAGCAGGAUUUCGGAUUUGCUCUCAGAAGGUUCGCUGAUCUGCGUGGAACGUCCCGGUAACGAGAGCCUGGACAAAUACGUGGGGAUCGGCAGGUGGAAACUGUCGGCCGACAUCACUGGCGGCGACAAUCGGCGCGGCCGAUCAACGAAUUCGACCUGCCACGGCAAGUGGAUCAGCGAUUCGCGGCUCCUUGUGGACUGUCACGAUCCGCGAUGCGCGCAAUCGAGUCGAAUGCCACCGCACACCUCGCAGCUAUUCCGAGAUCGAAGUCGCAGGGGUGCGAUUACCAAUGCCGCCGUCAGCAGUGCGGAUAAAGUCGUGAGAAGACGACGGAGAGGCAGGCGACGGAAGCGAAGUAAAAGAAGAAGGCGCGAUGCCGCCGUCGCGGAACGAUGAAUGUUCUCCGGGGCUGUGUCGCAGCUCCCGCGAGUGUCAUUCGCACUAAGAUCUCUUCCCUUUCUCUCUCUCUCUCUUCCCCCCCUCCCCCAGUCUAUCUUUACGUCUAUUAUUACACAGGAUGUAUUGUAAAACCGUGACAAUCUCUUCAUGGAUAAAUCCUUUGAGAAAUUUAGAAUCAAUUCUUGCGCAACAAAAAUAUCGAAAUAUGUAUUUCGAAUUAAUGCAAGUAGAAUUUAAAAAUUUUAUAUAU